UGCAGCUACAUACCACUUAUAUAGACUCUGUUGAUGUACACUGAAACAUAUAAGUGAGUGAAUUGAAGGCGUGAACAGCAUUUAAUCAAUUUAGAGUUAGGCUUCAUUCAAAUAUUUCAGGUUUGCCGAAUGUCAAUUAGUUAGGGGGCUCGUUUCUGGACUACGUUGAAAGUAAACAUGAACAAAAAACUGAAGAACACAAAGCUACCAUCCACCAUUGCACAAACCUGUCUUCGAAAGUACAUCAUUUUUACGUGUUUAAUGGUUUUGGUGACAAUGAUCACUACGACCUGUGUAGCAACUAUUCCAGCACUUCGAAAUUUGUACGACACCUUUUACAUGGCACUGGGUUUUCUUGUACUCGGUGCAAUCCCUGUGUCAAUGUUAAUCAUUAUUGAGAAAGUUAGAGAGAUAUUUCCACUUAAUGAAGUACUGAUCUCACUUUCGGUCUUAUUAUGGUCUUUUGCAAUACCUGCAGUCACCAAAUCCAUGAGAUUUUUAGUUUUUGCACCAUGGGGUAUUACAGUCAUCCUAGAUGUGGUGGCAUUGAUAAUUGGAUACAAAACUGUGAAACAGAGUGCGAAAGUGAGCAUCAUACUAUUGGGCAUCGCUGGUGGAAUCAUACUGUUGGAUAUCAUUCUGUUAAUUGCUUUAAGAGUUGCUCAGCGUGAACUAAUUGCAGUUAUUCUGUGUGGCAUAUUUUUAGCCUUCGCAGUACUCAUAGUAUUAUAUCUCACUGGACAAGGUGUAAAGCGGUGCAACAAUGAGACAACGAAGACCCUUCUACCGAUGUGGUUAUCCCUGAUUACUUGGGCAGCUAGUGUUUAUUUAUUCAUAUCCAUAGGUGUGAUGUUUAUUGAAGGCAAAACGAUGAUACGUUGAAAACUGAAGGAUGACACCCACCGCUUUUGAAGAUCAAGUUCAUUUAUGCAUGAAGAACUUUCAGCUGUUUUUCUAUUUUGUUGGUUCUGUAGUAACAGUGAAUUCUGUUUGAAAUACAUUUUGC